AUGGUGAAGCUUGCGGAGUAUCCAAGAACCGCGACUUUCGCGUGGUCUCAUGAUCAGUCGCCUUCGCUGGCGACUGGAACAGCUUCUGGCACAAUUGACGCGAAUUUCUCAAGCGAAUCUAAACUUGAGAUCUGGUCACUACUGUCGCCAGACGCAGCCACCCCACAGGCAUCUGUAACCGCAGAUGCCAAGUUCAACGAUCUAGACUGGUCUCACGAUAAUCAAGUUGUCGCAGGAGCGCUGGACAAUGGCACAGUGGAGUUUUUCUCGCCACGCGAACUCACAUCGAUUGCGAAGCUUUCACACCACACAACACCUGUGAAAACAGUUCGUUUCAACGCCAAGCAACACAACGUUAUGUGCUCUGGUGGCGGAAACCGCGAGAUUUUGAUUUGGGAUAUUUCGAAGAUCGGACAAGCUGGAUAUACGCCUUUAACUCCGGGCACGGCAAUGACACCUAUGGAUGAAAUCUACUCGCUAGCAUGGAAUCAGAACCAGUCACACGUAUUUGCGUCAGCUGGCUCUUCCGGGUUUGCGUCGAUCUGGGAUCUCAAGGCCAAGAAAGAAGUAUUGCACCUCAGUCACACCUCCCAAGUUACAGGACAAAAAAAUCAGCUUUCCAUUGUCGAGUGGCACCCUAACAACUCUACCAGAAUUGCCACCGCUAGCGGCAGUGAUUCUGAUCCUUCAAUUUUGAUUUGGGACUUGAGAAAUGCCAACGUUCCGCUCAGUGUACUGUCAAAUGCCCAUACGAAAGGACUUCUAUCCCUCGAUUGGUGCAAACAGGACGAAAAGCUCUUACUGUCCAGUGGACGUGAUAACACUUGUGUCUUGUGGAACCCUGAGGAAUCCCAAGUCCUGACUCAGUACCCCACGCGUGGCAACUGGUGCUUUAAGACCAAAUUCGCCCCAAGAGUACCAAAUCUAUUCGCCUCUGCGUCGUUUGACAAUAAGAUCGAAAUCCAAACCUUGCAGAAUUUGGCUUGUGAAUUGGACGAAGAUGCCACCACAAAUAAACAACAAGAAUCCGAAACCGAAUUUUGGAACAAUGUUUCUGAGCAAGAUAGCAGCGAAAAACCGGUUGUGACCAAAAUACAAGCUCCAUCUUGGUACGGGAACAAGUCGCCAGCAGCCCAAUGGGCGUUUGGUGGUAAGCUUGUGGCAAUUACAAACGAUAGAAAAGGUGUAAAAAUUUCCAAGCCUAUUAUUCCAGGUGUGGAGAAAAACGUUAUGCUAGACGAAGCUCUCCAGUCUAAAAACUUCAAUCCCAUCAUCAACAAAAGACUGGUUCAAAGUAUUGAUGAAACUAACGAAGAAGAUUGGAACAUGUUGGAAAAAUUAUCUUUGGAUGGCAAAGAGGUUUUUCUUAAAGAACAGCUCGCUUUCGAGGACGAGGACUCUGACGACGCCACCGAGAAAGGUGCUUCUGUCGAUGAUGAGGACGACUUCUUCAGCAGCCUGAACAAUAAGUUUGUACCUGAAGGUUCGUUCCACCUGGAGACCAAAGACCAAACCGAAGAUCUAAUAAAAAGCAUUGUCCGGGGUGACAAGAAGAAGGCGAUAUCUCAGGCUCUUGACCAAGAUUUGUUAUUGGAGGCCCUUAUUAUUGCAUUGGAUUGCGAUGAUCAAUCUUUGAAACAAAAAGUUAAAAAUGUCUAUUUUGUUAAACACGGUAAAUCGUCAUCUUUUGCGAGAACCUUACACAGUGUUUCUGAGAACAAUGUCGAUGACUUAGUCGAGAAUUUAGACGUGAGCCAAUGGAGGUACGCCCUCAAAGCAAUUCACGCUUACACACCAAACUUAGCAAAGAGGAACGAGCUUUUGGUCAAACUUGGUGAUAGAGUAUCGGCGUCAAAUAACAGACAAGACGCGUUACUACUAUACUUGAGUGCCCAAUCUUUGGACAAAGUAGCUGAGAUAUGGCUGAAAGAAUUUAUGGGAUUGGAGGGCAAACUCAAGUCCAAAAAAGAAACAAUCUACGAAGCUCAUUUGGAAUGCCUCACCGAAUUUGUAGAAAGGUUUACGGUGUUCAUCAGCCUAAUUAGUGAUGACCAACAUCAAAGCUUAGCAAAUGAAGGUCUCAUUUCCAAAUUUUUGGAGUUCGUCAAUUUGACGUCAGCCAACGGCGAUUUCGAUUUGGCUCUCAAAUUCUUGAAUAUUUUGCCUGAUGACAAUGAAGAAGUCAUCACGGAGAAACAACGCGUUAUGAUUGCAUCGAAUAAAACGAUUUCAACUACUAACAGCGCAACAACGGCUACCAGGGCCCAAAAAUCGAGGUACAAUACCAACAAUGCCGCUGGCGCUGCACCCAUGAUGGGAUUAGGUGUUACCCAAGAACACACCAUCGGAGGAGGUAAUUUCCCCCCAAUGCAGCCACCAGCCCCAUCGUUCGCUCCAAACUCACCAUUCCCCCAACCCUCCUCUUUGGCUUCACGCAAUGCAUCUGUCACUGCUCCAGUAACGACCGCUUUGAAACAAAGCGCUUAUGCACCCCCGGCUAGUUUCCAGGCUCCGGUGGCCAGCAAAUAUGCCCCUGGUACGGCUGUUUCUCCAAGUGGAAUCACUCGCGUUCCAACUGCUGCCGUUCCACCUGCUCCUCUCGCCGGCAACAUGGUCGGUGCCAACCCUUACACACCGGCUAAUGGUCAAGUACCAGUAAGCAAUGCGCCAGCUAAUCCGUAUGCAAAUCGCUACGGUGGAGUUACUAAUCAACCUACUUAUACACAGCCCUUUAAACCAGUGGCCAACGUCAUUGGCGCGGGUUCUCCUGGCUUCAACAACAUGACCAACCCUAUAGCACCCCCAGUGACUGGAGGUGCUACUUCUGGUCAAACUCCGCAUCUAAACAAAAAAGCCAAUGACGGGUGGAAUGACCUACCAUUAAAAAAAGUCAAUGAAAAGCCCAUGCGCGCCAAAGCAGUUUCGGUAGCUCCAGCUAGCGUAGCGACGUCCCCAGGUGCCGUGGGCCCACAAUCGAACUUUGGAUCCAUUCCACCACCUCCAUUGUCGAGAGUUACGUCAUCGGCUACCAUUCAAACCCCGGUGCCCCAACGAGGCCCUUCAAAGUCAUACGCACCAGCGAUCGGAAGCGCUUCUCCUUCCAUGACUGGUGUACCUCCACCAGCACCGGUUGCCGGGUUUGCGGCUCCCAGCAAUCCAUAUGCUCCUCCACCAUCAACAAACACCUCGAAUCCAUACGCCCCACCUCCUCAAAAUGGUCAAGCGCCUGCUAACGCGAACUAUGGACCAUCAACCAACACGCUGUAUGGUGCAGGUGCUGCCCCAUUCAAUGGGCAAAGCGCACCUCCUCCAAUUUCACAGAAGCCACCUAUUGGACCUCCACCAAAAAGUAUGAAGAGGAAGCCACAUACUUCCCACGACGUAACCUCUGCUACUGCCAUAUUAGAAUCUGUGCAAAGAAAGUCGGAGACCUCGCUUCCGUUGGCGAGCGGACCACAGGUAAAUGGGGCCCCUCCUGCCACUGCUGCCGUGAGUGGAAGUCAGUCUCCAGCUCCCGCAGCUGCUGGAACACCUGCUGCCACCAAUUCUAAUGAGUCUCAGGAGGUUCCUCAAGAGCAACAGCCUAUUGUUGAUUUUUUGACGAGCGAACUGGCCCGCGUUGCACCAUUGAUUCCACAGGAAUACACUAAGCAAUUGAAGGACUGCAACAAAAGACUGCACAUUCUUUUCGGACACUUGAAGAGACAAGACCUACUGACGCAGCCAACGAUCGACAGGCUGCAUCAAAUCGUAGCUCUCAUGAAGGAACACCAAUACGCCGAAGCUAUGCAAGUCCACGUGGACAUUGCCACGAACUACGCUCAGGACGCAGGUAACUGGCUCACUGGGGUCAAAAGACUAAUAGGUAUCGCGGAAGUCACUUCUAGCUAA